UGUCCAUAAUAUACAUCCAAAGAAUGAUAUUAUUAUACUCUCAUCCCAUAUUCUCCCAUUCAGGGUGGGUCUUUGAAAGGGAACUGGGUCUGUGAUGGCUUUUUCACCAGGCACUCCAGAAACUGGCAGGGCUGUUCCUGAAGCGGGAAGGGUACCGGAGCGGGGAGAUGGACAGCAGAUCUUCUCUGGGGAGGGGCAGGUCAGUGUUUGCUGCCUGGCGCUGCCUGCUGGAUGCCACCGUGGCCGGGGGCCAAACCCGGCUCCAGGCGUCCGACCGAUACCGUGACCUAGCAGGGGGCACAGGGCGGAGUGCCAAGGAGCAGGUGCUUAGGAAGGGAACUGAGAACCUCCAGAGGGCGCAGGCUGAGGUGCUGCAGUCUGUCCGGGAGCUGAGCCGAAGUCAGAAGCUGUAUGGGCAGCGGGAACGUGUGUGGGCCUUGGCACAGGAGAAGGCAGCUGAUGUCCAGGCCAGGCUGAACCGAAAUGACCAUGGGAUCUUCCACUCUCGGACCAGUCUCCAGAAGCUGAGCACCAAGCUAUCUGCUCAGUCAGCCCAGUACUCCCAGCAGCUGAGAGCGGCCCGCAAUGAGUACCUGCUCAACUUGGUGGCCACCAAUGCCCACCUUGAUCAUUACUACCAGGAGGAACUGCCAGCCAUGCUCAAGGCCAGUCUUAACCCAGACACCCCUGCCCCUCAGCAGGGAGAGAGGGGAGGACCCAUUCCCCAUGAGGCUGGGUGGUGCUAGGGGUCUAGCAUCCUUACAGUGGGUAG